UGCACUCACCAAGAAGAUGAAGAACUUUGAAUUCCAGCCUCUCCUUCUGUUGUUCAUGGUCACCUUGGCCAUCACAAAGCAUCCAAAUGGUUCACACACUCUGAGGUAUGUAUUCACCCUCCUGUCAUGGCCUGGGCAUCCGGAGCCCGAAUUAAUCUUUCUCAGCUAUGUGGAUGAAACACAGAUCAUGGGAUUCAACAGUGUAUCAGAGAGUCAGAGGAUGGAGAGUCGGGUACCAUGGAUGAGUGAUCUGAGUGCAGAGUUUUGGGAGUUAGCAACAGAGGAUAUACUGAAAGAACAUCGCUUCUUGAAUACAAUCAUGAGGAAAUUGCUCAAGAUCUACAAUGAUAGCAUGAAUGGAUAUCACACGAUCCAGGAAACGUAUGGCUGCCAAGUCAAGGAGAGAUUGUCCUUCAGUCAUGCUUUCAUGGAAUUAGUAUUAGAUACACAUGAUUACAUCACACUGAAUGAGGAUCUGCAGACAUGGAGAGGGGUUGGCAAGGCAGCUGAGAUAAUUAAGGAAGAGUGGGAGAAAAUAAAUUUGGCAAAGAUAUCGAAGUCUUUCCUGCUGGGCGCAUGUGUGGAGGGGCUCCUUGGAUACCUGGACUUUGGGAAGACGCAUUUGUUGAGAAUAGAUCCUCCUGAAUCUACCAUCCCCUUCAUGGCUAUGAUUAUUUCUCUGGUUCUUGGGGCUCUGCUUCUGGGAGCAAUGAUGGCUUUUCUUAUAUGGAAGAGGAGGACUAGAGGUUAAGACAGAGGUGGUACAGAGACAUUAAACACUGUUUCUGGCUUCUCCUCCCAUAGUGACUUCUCUUUCUAUAUCUGACUAUGACUAUGUGUCUGUCUCCUCCAAGCACACUGUAAGCAGUUCAUCAGCAGGAAGAAGCCCCAUGUUGACUCUUACUGUGUGUAUUUCCCAGUCAUCUCUCAUAUUCCCACACAGGCAGGGCUGGGAAACCUCCAUCCCUGAUUGGAAUUUCGCUUUCACCAAUAUAGCAUUUUAUGCUUGAGCCUAUACUUAACUAUUUGUGGUUUUUUAUGCAACUUCUUGGCAGAUUGUGUGAUUGAUUGAUGUCCUAAAAAUGAGUAAAACUUGAUGGAAAAAUAAAUCUCAG